ACAGGGUAUAAAAGUCAAGUGAAAGACCAGGACUUUGCUCUUUUACAUUAUCGAAGAAUUCCAAAGCACCUGGACAGGGAUUACAGGCUCACAACGUCAAGAUGCCAUCCAGAUCUAAUUCUGCACUUAUCCUCUCUGAGACAAGCAAAAAAGAUAAAGAUAAAGUGAAAUCCCACAAAAAGGAGAAGCCAAAUGCAGAAAAUGCUUCUGUUUAUGUGCUCGGUAUCCCAGAGCCAACAAGAAGAGCCGAGCUUAUGAAGCACUGGAUGAAUUUGUCGUUGGAUGAUAAAACUGCCAACAAGAUGUUGUGGGUUUCUGACAAUGGGUCUAAAGUUUCUCGCAGAACUGAGGAGGUCUGUCCUGUUCUGGAUCGACCAGAGCGAUACGAGUACUCUCCACAGGUUGUGUGCAAAGAGGGCCUGUGGAACAUGAGGGCAUAUUGGGAGGUAGAAUACUCAGGCUGGGUGGUAAUUGGAGCCACCUAUGAAGGAGCAGGAAGGAGGGCACAUUCUGGACCAAGUGGCCUUGGAGAAAAUGAGGAGUCUUGGGGAAUGUGCUGGUCAGGGUCCUGUUACCAGAUCUGGUUCAAUGGUGUAAACAAAGACAUAGACAAUGUCCCAUAUUGCACCACUAUUGGAGUUUACAUUGACCAGCCGGCAGGGAUUAUAAAUUUCUAUACUGUAACUGGUGAGGGAUCAGAGAGGGAGGUCAGGCUGUUGCAUAACAUUAAGGCCACCAUCGAAAAGAAAGUUCUUCCAGGUUUUUGGGUGGGAAUUCAGUCGUCCUGCACAUUACUGCGGAAAACAGAGUGAACUGCUACACAAUUAUUUAAUACCGGAAAUAAGCUGAUUAUCAAAUUUCCAAUGUCAUGAUUUUAUUUUGAGAGCUGUUGAAAGAAAACCAUUUAUUGCACUUGUACUCGUUCUAUUUUCCUUGACUUUGUACACUAUUUCUGAACUGUAAUGUCAUUUGUGAAAUUUGAAUAGGAUUUAAGUAAGAUUUAAGGAUUUAAGAAGCUUUAGUUUUUAUUUGAAAUUUACAAGGCAUAAAAAAAAACUGAGUUAUACCCAGACAUCAGAAAGUAUGACAAAGAACAGGCCUGAUAUUCAUAGUAGUUCGUAGAGCCAAGACAUAGAGAACAUGCAUGCGAUGCAUGAGAAUAUCCAACAUAGGCUUUUGUAAGAAUAUUUUAAAAAAAAAAAAUUUUUCAGGGAUUUUACAUCCAUUUAAAGUGUUUUCAUUUGCUCAAUAAAGUUGGACUGUUGACAUAUCCAUAUAUAACUAUGUACAUAUACUAAUAUACUGGGCUGUAGUAUGUAUCCAACACCCAAAAUGAACUGUUAAGAGAAUGUGGUGGCUUC